GCCGGCGGCCGGCAGCCGGCGGUCGGUCCCGCCCCUCGGCGGCUUCUGGCGGAAGUUCACACCCUUCGCGGCGGCGCUCGGCCUCGCACUUCCGGCGGGGGGAUCCGGACCGUAGCUCCCGGAACCGAGCCUCCGCCCUGGGGACGUGUGAGCCCUGCGUCCACUUAAUCAUGGAGAGGGUUGGCCUGGGCCACCAGCCCCUUAGGUGAGGACUCUGCCUGGGGCUCCGUGGACGAUUCUGAAUCAUGGAGGCAAAGAGGACUCUUCUGGCCAGGAGACCUUCCUGUUGAAAGUUGUGGCCCAGCUUGGCCGGCCCUUCCUGUCUUCGGCUGUCUUCGGGAGAGGCUCCCACUGACCCAGAGCUAGGGGGUUGCGGCUUCCCCGGAUGGGGAGGUGGGCCUUCGACGUGGCCUUUGUGUGGAAGGCGGUGUUGACUCUGGGGCUGGUCCUCCUCUAUUACUGCUUCUCCAUCGGCAUCACCUUCUACAACAAAUGGCUCACCAAGGGCGCUGGUUCAGUGCUCCAGCCACAGGGCCCGCGUGGUGCUGAGCUGGACGGACUACCUCAGGAGAGUAGCUCCCACAGGUACAGGCCUGCCUGGGGCCGGGGCAGAGGAGGGCACUUGGAAAGCCACAGGCUAAGAACACAAGGGCUUGAUGUCUCGGAGCUUAGGCCCUCCCGCUCCUCUCUUCCUGCCUCCCCUCCCAGCCCGGCCCUGCUUCUGCCUCUUAUGCACUCCCCAGCUCCCCCCUCCCCAACGCACACACAGUGCGCGCGCUCCUGUGCACAUGGAGGCAGCAACGGCCUUGUCGUUGUCUGGCCCUUCGAUGUGUAUGCCGAGCCGACACCUGCCCUGGAGACGGCAGUGAGCAGAGUCCCGUCCCUGUCCUGGCGGUAGUGGGAUGAUGAGGGGUGCCUGGGAGCCCAGAGGCACCAGCCCAGGCCCGGGGGGAGGCUUCCCAGAGCUUGGGCUACAGCGGCCGAGGCUUCAGUGCGUGUGCGGGUCUGAAAGGGAACUGAAAGCGUCUCCGGAUGCCGAGACUCAGCGCUGGUGAGGGGAAGUGGGAGAAAUGAGGGGGUGGCAGGGACAGACCCUGGAGGACCCAGGCCUCCAGGACGAGUGUGCCUCCAUCCUGAGGGAAGGGACAUUCACACAUUCGCCAUGUUUAGCCACUGGGAACUACCCAGUCCUAAUGCUGGAGCGGAACCCCCUGCGUUUUGUGGCCAGGAGUUGACCCUUCAGCUGCUGUGAAAGGAAGGCCCGAGGGCCCCAGAGAAAGCCGGGGUGUUCGGGGCAAAGCAGGGAGCGCUCGGGGGCCUCUCGGAGGUGUCUGAACAGCCGGCGCUCGCAUGCCGGCCUGCCCUGGCUGCAUGUCCGGGGGCGCCCCUGUCUCCACAGCACUGGCAACAGCGCUUGACGUGGGCUUGUCCAACUGGAGCUUCCUCUACAUCACCGUCUCGCUGUGAGUACCGGCCACACCCCGCCACCUCCGUCCAGCCUUUCGCGCGCACUCUGCCGGUGGGCCAGCGCCGUACCCCUCUCUGGGACCGGCCCUUGAUCUCCGCUCCUUCCUGACACCCAGCGGCUCUCUGGGAAGCUGACAGCCCCUGCGGUACACGAUGACCAAGUCCUCCGCUGUCCUCUUCAUCCUGAUCUUCUCGCUGAUCUUCAAGCUGGAGGAGCUGCGCGCAGCGCUGGUCCUGGUGGUCCUCCUCAUCGCUGGGGGCCUCUUCAUGUUCACCUACAAGUCCACACAGUUCAACGUGGAGGGCUUUGCCUUGGUGCUGGGGGCCUCGUUCAUCGGCGGCAUCCGCUGGACCCUAACCCAGAUGCUCCUGCAGAAGGCCGAACUUGGGCUCCAGAACCCCAUUGACACCAUGUUCCACCUGCAGCCACUCAUGUUUCUGGGGCUCUUCCCUCUCUUUGCCAUAUUUGAAGGUCUCCAUUUGUCCACGUCUGAGAAAAUCUUCCGUUUCCAGGACACAGGGCUGCUCCUGCGGGUACUAGGGAGCCUCUUCCUUGGCGGGAUUCUCGCCUUCGGUUUGGGCUUCUCCGAGUUCCUCCUGGUCUCCAGAACCUCCAGCCUCACUCUCUCCAUUGCUGGCAUUUUUAAGGAGGUCUGCACUCUGCUGCUGGCAGCUCACCUGCUGGGGGACCAGAUCAGCCUCCUGAACUGGCUGGGCUUCGCCCUCUGCCUCUCGGGCAUAUCCCUGCACGUUGCUCUCAAAGCCCUGCACUCCAGAGGUGAUGGGGGCCCUAAGCCCUCGAAGGGACUGGGCUCCCACCCCGACCUGGAGCUGCUGCUCCGGAGCGGGCAGCCAGAGGAGGACGACAAUGAGGAAGAAGAGGCGUACUUCGUGGCCCAGGGGCAGCAGUGACCAGCCGGGAGACCAGCUUGGAGGCAGGCCUCUCCCCGCCCUCACACCUCACAGCAGCUCGGGGACCCAGGGGGCCCUUCGCGGCAGCUGGGGAGCAGCGGGCCAGGCCUCUCCCAGGCCGGGCCUUGGGGAGCGCGCAACCGCCUGGCGGGGCUCGCUCGGGGAGCUGAGGAGACUGUGGGGUGUGCGUCGGGCCAGAGCAGGGCCGAGGCCGUGCUGGAGGCCCAAUGGGACGAGGGAAGGGGCGGUCCUCGGCCGCUUGCCAGGCUCUGGCGGCCAAGGUGGUGCUUUCCAGGGCACAGCGGGUUUCUUGGGGCACUGGGUUUAGACUGCGGAGCACUUGGGAAGGGGAGAAGGAGAGGCUGGAGCCUCAUCACCUGGACAGUGUCUUUUCUCAGAGAGCAGAUCUAUUUAUAGUUUGGAAAUAAAGGAUUUACGGUC